UGUCAUUGAUAUAUAUUCGAAAUAUUUGUAAGAUAACUACGUAUUUACUUGUAAGUGUUUGUGUUAGUCUUUAUUUAUUAGAAAAAUGGUUCAUGACUACUUUGAUAAACAUAUUUUUCUAUGCGAAAUGUAUAAUGAACAUACAGAUCAAAUACAAAAGUUAGUGUUGAAUUUCUUUCCAUUUAAUAAUUCUAUUCAAAUAGUAGAUCCAGACAAAGGCAAAUUCUUACUACGUAGACAACAGCUGCCUCCACUUAAAUUAGAAAUGUUACAAGUUGGCAACAUCGUUAACAUUUUUUCCAAACUAAUUCAUAUUACUGACACUGCUCCAAUAACACGCAAAGUAUUAUUCAAAGGAGUCGAAAGCACAUUUGCACUAAUUAAGCCUUCUCCCCCAAGUAUUCAUGGAAGUGUGAUAACAUUUAUUAUGCAAAAUGGAUUUCGAAUAGUUAAUAUGAAAAAUGGUACAGUUGAUAAGGAUCAUGCCAUACAAUUAUAUAGAAGUAUUUCUGGUAAUAAUAUGCUACCUCUCAUAAUUGAUUACAUAACUAGUAGUGAAGUGAUUGGUCUUGAAUUAGUUGCUCCAAAUGCUGUAGCUAAAUGGCGUAGUUGUUUAGGAGCUACUAAUCCAAAGGACGCUGCACCUGGUACGUUGAGAAGGCUAUAUGGGCAAGAUAUGUUGAGAAAUGUAGCUCAUGGUUGUAACGAUAUAGAUGAUGCAAAAGAAAAUUUGGAGCUAUUUUUUGGAUACCAAGGAAAAGUUCCGAGAGUACCAUUUAGAGCUACGUUCAAAGAUUGUACUUGCUGCAUAAUCAAACCUCAUGCUAUCAUGGAUGGAAAUAUCGGUUCAAUAAUAGAAAUGAUUGCUACGUCCGACAAGUUUUAUAUUUCAGCAAUGGCCAUGUUUUUAGUGAAAAAUGCUAACGCAUUAGAGUUUUUUGAAGUUUAUAAAGGAAUUUUACCAGAAUACGAAAAUAUGUGUAUUCAUUUGACUGAAGGAAAAUGUGUUGCUAUGGAAGUGAAAUGUACGGAUCCCAGUGUAAAUUGCGUUUGUGCAUUUAGAAAACUGUGUGGUCCAAGAGAUCCUGAUUUAUGUCGCCAAAUAUACCCUGAUAGUAUCAGAGCAAGAUACGGUAAAACUAUUUUGCAUAACGCAGUCCACUGCACGGACCUUCCAGAAGAUGGUGUAAAAGAAGUUGAAUAUUUCUUCAAACUUAUUUCUAAUGAUCAUUUUUAGUUUAUCUUAAUUAUCAUUACAUCAUAUAAUAGUUUAUUUUUAGAAUAAUGAAUACUAAUUAAAAGUUUUGAAAUAUU